CACCCAGAAUAAAGACGAUCGGAUGACCCUUGACCCCUCCCAGUCAUCAUGGGAGGAACCAGAGAGGAGGAGCGUGGAGGAGCUGGAGAAACCGGAGAGGAGGAGCUGGAGGAACCAGAGAGGAGGAGCGUGGAGGAGCUGGAGGAACCAGAGAGGAGGAGCUGGAGGAACCAGAGAGGAGGAGCGUCGAGGAGCUGGAGAAACCAGAGAGGAGGAGCUGGAGGAACCAGAGAGGAGGAGCUGGAGGAACCAGAGAGGAGGAGUGUGGAGGAGCUGGAGAAACCGGAGAGGAGGAGCUGGAGGAACCAGAGAGGAGGAGCUGGAGGAACCAGAGAGGAGGAGCUGGAGGAACCAGAGAGGAGGAGCUGGAGGAACCAGAGAGGAGGAGCGUGGAGGAGCUGGAGGAACCAGAGAGGAGGAGCGUGGAGGAGCUGGAAAACCAGAGAGGAGGAGCUGGAGGAACCAGAUAGGAGGAGCUGGAGGAACCAGAUAGGAGGAGCUGGAGGAACCAGAGAGGAGGAGCUGGAGGAACCAGGUCUGCAGGCCUCACACCCCGGAUCACGGUUCUCACACGGAGAACAUCACACGUUCUCCUGACCAGAAGGUUUUGAGAAGGGUCAUGUAUGGCUGGGUUCCUCAGUUAGAAUAGUUUGUUUGCCCCAUUUACACACACUGGGAGGUUGUUUAGUUCAUUGUGUGCCUUUUCUAAAGAACAUGGGAGUGGAGAAACAUCAAACUGCAAGGUACUAUUGUAGGCAGUGUCUACAUGUGUAUAUAUAUACAGUUAUAAGUAUUGUAAACAGUACCCUAUGAUACCCAGUUAUACAGACAUGACUAAUCUGCUGCCUGAUAAUAACAGCCAUGUGUGGUUGAAUAUUCAUGCAUUAACAUUUGGUACUUCGAGUUGAAACGAAGAAUAACAUAGACAGACGAUGAUGUUGGGGACAGAUUUACUAAGGUUUGUAUUUGCAUAUUUAGACAGGAAAUGAUAACUUGGUGGUUCUGAUCCAGAAUCCUAAUGAUCUCAUAUUAGUUCUCAUGUUUUUGUUUAUUGUUUUCAGAAAGUUUGACACUAAUUUCAGUUUCAAAAGCUUUGGUAAAUCUGCCCUCUAUUUACAGUGUAAAUAGUAAAAUAUUUUAUUUGUACUGUAAUUAUGAUUUUGUUUUCACAGUGCAGUUGAUUUUAUAUAUAUAUAUAUAUAUAUAUAUAUUAUUUUUUUUUACAUCAAGUCAUUGGAAAGAUCAGAAGAAAUAUGGAUUAGUUAUUUAUUACCAACUAUGUGGCGCAGUGACUCCUCGUGCACACACAGCUGCAGGGGUGACGCGGUGUUUCUGUGAAGCGUUGUGAAGACUUCAGAGGCGGUUAGAGUGUUAGAAAGCAGCUCCGGGGUUAGUCCACCCCUGCCGUAGUCUUCCCGUUCUGGUGUGGGAUUAGACGAGAAGCAGUGCGGCAGGCACCAAAGACUAGCUUGCACUAGCGGAAGGAAAAUCAAUCCUGUCAUGUGUUUAUUUGCUCUCACAGCCUUUUGCGUUUGGUCCCGUUCUCCCUUUAUGGAUCGAUUAGAACGUGUCAAAACAGGAAAUUCUUUCCAGUCUGUAAACACGGUGCUGUUCGUUCGCGCGGACGUGCAUUGACCACGGCGGUUGGUGGUCAGAAGUCUGCCUCCUGGUCACGGAGACCGACUGCCUCGUGUCUGCGGUUUGAGAGACAAGAGCCAGUGCCAUACAGUCGGUUCGUGCGGUGUGUUGUCACUGUGGGGGGAGAGGGGGGGGGGGGGGUACUGUGGGGUUUACAUUUAUGUGCCAACUCGUGUUUUCGUUGCUUGUUAGAACUUUCCCAUGGUCACUCCGGGACACGUGCCCCCUCAUCUCCUCUACACCUUUCCACAAGGGACAUGGCCUUAGCUUAGGAGCGUGCGUUAAGUGCAUUAUAUACACCGAACCGAGUCUGUGUAUAACUGAGUGGAGAUUGGCGUAAACGGAGGAUAUGAAGACUGACAGUUUGUUAUAGAACACAAGACUUGUGAAUGUUAAACCAGCCAUUUUGUUUAGUCUGUUCAGCCAUGCUUUAAACACAUAAUGUUUCUGAUAUGUUCGUUUAUCCAAUAUAAACUAACAAAACGAAUACAAAAAACGACUACAAGGUAUGAACAAUGUGCGCACUUAAAUGUUGUUUCCAGAAUUCAAAGUGUGUUGGUGCUGAUGAACGUUAGUGUGUUGUAUAUAAUAUAAUGAAGUAGAUCUCCCUGCCUGCAUUUUGUUUACAAAUGUUUCAUAUACUUGAAUCAGGAGGAUGUUUGUCUAGAUGGAGCAGUUCCUCAUCAUGGAAAGGGAAAAUAAAUUAAAGCUUUUAAAAAUUAAAUGGAACAAGUUUACCAAACACAAUCAAACAUGAGAUUUUCCUAGUCGUUUGAAGGAAACUAACAUUUAGAAACUGCAGUGUAGUAGGCUACCAGAUCAACUGCUGCAUAGUAACCGCCUAAUCCCUCUGAUCGACAUAAACGGUAGACUGGGCGUGGAGGACAUGUUGGUUUUGAGAGAUGGACCAAGCUAUAAAUGCAAAACCUCAUUGUAGUUUUUUUCUUUUUGUAUGUGCUUAUUCGUGAACAUCUGUAAACGAGAACCACAACAGCAGCAUACUACAUUAUUUUUGUUAUUACGGUGUUCAUAUUGCUAAAUUUAUUCAUCAACAGAUCUGGCAGUUUUAAGCGCCCUUUAGAAAGGGUGCGUCUCAAUCAUCUAUUUAGCUCAUGUUUGAAAGGGUGCGUCUCAAUCAGCUUUCUUUGCCUUCAGUCUGCUGUUGGCUUCAUCGAAGCAUCUUUGAUUUCUGUUUUCCUCCGUGCUUUUCCCAACCAAACGUGUCUGUCUGACUUACAGUAGUUAAGUUAACUAGUGAGUCAACUGAAGGUAAAAUAUUGAAACAGAAGAAAACAUACGUGCAGCUGGAUAGAGAGAAGAAUUAGUCAGCCUUUUGACAAAUACAGUAUUACUCCUUUCCGGCAAUGUGAGGGGGACAUUUUUUCUUUUCUUUUUUGUGUUUUUUUUUCUUUCAAAAAGGGUUGUAGCCUAUUUGAUUUCAUAGAUAACCCAAACACAAGUUCUAUUUACACGGAGGGAAAAUUUGAAGCAAGAUUUUGUCUUUCGAGGGUUGCUCUGUAAAUAUUGGGGUUUAAUUAUUCCUAAUUGAAGUCAGUUGUUAUGCGCUGGGUUGAUAUAAGUUGGCACGUUCAAGGUUAUGGUUAUAAGGGUUCAAGGUUAUGCAACAAUGUUUUAAACCAUUGGCCCUCUCUUUUAAAUCUUGUUUCCUUCAUUUUUUACGCAGUUAGCUUCACCUCUGUAAAUAUUUUUGUGUAAAAAUCGACAAAGGUAUAUUUACUACACUGUAAAUACAUGUGAUGAUAUAUUGUAUUAUUUUGCUUUUUGUAAAGCAGUUAGUUGCUGUACAUGUAAAACCUUCAAAUGGAAUUAUUCAAAUGUUAGUAAUGAUAACCUCUCCAUCAUGUCAUUGUCAUUACAUAUAUUGAGGAUGAGUAAAGGCUCACUAGAGGAUAGAUGACUGUGCUCUACACCUUCACAGUAUAACAAGUUGCCGUCCUCAUCUGAUCUGACUUUAACAGACGUUGCCCUAAUAAAGCUCAUUUCUGUCCUG